AUGAAGGAAAAUAUUAAAUAUUCUCGAACCUAUUAAAAGAUAUCUGAUGAAUAGAAAAAAAAACUAUUGUAAUUAGUUUGCCAUCUAGGCUUUAAGAUAAAGGCCGUAUUUUUAUAUAAAAAUUCUCUAUAGGCAGCCAAAAAAUUGAAUAUCAAAUAUGCAGCUGCCAAAACUUAUAUAAUUUACUACAGGAACAAUGUUAUGAGGUCCAAAAAUUAAAUCAAUUCAAAAUCAGAAUGUUAGAUUGUACCACUUUCAUCAUAAAAGUGCAAACUAAAUAUUAUAUCAAAAUUAGGAGGAGAUGUAGUUAGACAAAUCUACUUUGAAUAUCCCACAAUCACUUAAGAAUGA